AGAGCGCGUGGAGAGAGGGCCGCCCGCAGACUCGGCAGCCAUGGGUCGCAUGCACAGCAAGGGCAAGGGCAUCUCCAAGUCGGCGCUGCCGUACCGGCGGUCGACGCCCUCCUGGUUCAAGCAGAACCCGGCUGAGGUGAACGAGCACGUGUGCAAGCUCGCGAAGAAGGGCUUGACACCGUCGCAGAUUGGCGUGAUCCUGCGGGACUCGCACGGGAUUGCACAGGUGUGCCAUGUGACGGGCUCCAAGAUUCUUCGGAUUCUGAAGAAGAAGGGCCUCGCGCCGGAGAUCCCGGAGGACCUGUACUGCCUCAUCAAGAAGGCUGUGUCUGUGCGUAAGCACCUCGACAAAUUCCGGCAGGACAAGGACGCGAAGUUCCGCCUCAUUCUGAUCGAGAGCCGCAUCCACCGCCUCGCGCGCUACUACAAGGAGGUCAAGGCUGUCGCGCCCAACUUCAAGUACGAGGCCGCCACCGCGUCGACCCUCGUCUCGUGAGCUGCUGCUGCGCCGCGUUCUGUCCGCGCGCCUUUGUUGGUCUGGGCCCUGCUAUACGUGUAUCAGCCUUUAGAAGAAUAACGCACAGGUUAGACAGAGUUUUAUGCCACGGGCCCCGGCAAGCCCCCCGCCUCCCGCCAGCCGCGCGUAUUAUUUUUCUGUGUGUAAAAGAUCAAGAAGGACC